AUGAGUGGUAAAACUCGGACAGGAAUGAUAUACAAGAGAACAACACAAAGCGAGGAUCAAGGCACCACAAGUACCGCUAGUGCUAGUCAAAGUCAGACGGACAUGGCAGAGACAGACGAACAAACGGUUAUACUGAAGGCCCUUCUAGAAGAUCGGAGAACUCUAGAGGCUGACUUACGAGAAGAACGCAGAGUUCGGGCUGAAGAAGCAGCCAAGAGAGAUGAAGACAUGCGGGAGCAGAUGGAUUUGCUACGCGGAUUAAUUGGAGCACAGGGUGAGGGCGGCGGCGAACGGAGGGCGACGUCCCAGGAUCCGAAGGUCGCCAAGCUCACAGAUGCAGACGACAUUGAGCCAUACAUAGUAACUUUCGAAAGACUAAUGACUGCUUAUGAAGUACCAGCGAAUCGCUGGGUGUUCAAGCUUGCUCCUCAAUUGUCUGGCAAGGCCCAGCAGGCCUAUGCGGCUCUAAGUGGGGAGGCUGCGGCAAACUACACCCAAGUGAAAGAGUCCAUCCUUCGUAGAUACGACGUCAACGAAGAAACGUAUAAGAGACGCUUUCGAACAGCAUCAGUGAGGACUGGUGAGACUGUGAUGGAACUACGAGUGAGGCUGGAGGACCUGGCCAAGAAAUGGUUGAAGGAGUGUGACACUGUGGAUAAACUGCGAGAUGCGGUGGUGUUGGAACAGUUUUUAAAUUCAUUACCAGCGGAAGUGAGAGUCUGGGUCCAAGAACACAAACCCAAAACCAGCGAAGCAGCGGCUCAACUGGCGGAUAACUACCUUCAAGCCCGACAAGACUCUGUCGUGAGUGAAGGAAGGGAGUCGUCAACCCCAAACCCUAUUGUGUGUGCAAAGUGCAACAAACGAGGUCACAAGGCACGGAACUGUAGAGUUGGAGUGGAUGAUAAAACUAGCUCUCCCCCACCUAGGACGGAAAGACCUAAGAGGGAUCUGAAAGAUAUUACCUGUUUCACGUGUAAUCAGAAGGGGCACUAUGCAUCCAACUGUCCCUCAAAGACGAACCUUAUGUGUGUGGAACGAAAGAGUAAUUUUCAAGGCAAAUCAGAACUGACUCAGCACACGAUGGAGCCGAAGCCUGGAAUCUUCCAAGCAGGGACUAUCGAAGGACACGCAGUGACGGACGUUUGCUUAGACACCGGAUGUACUCGAACAAUGGUACGAGAAGAUUUAGUCCCAGUGGAAAAGUUAAUCGAAGGCGAUUCGAUUGCGAUAUGUUGUGCUCACAGGGAUACUGUGGUGUACCCCCUGGCUAGAAUUCAAGUAGAAGUUAACAGGACUACACAUGAAGUGGAGGCAGCUGUGUCGAAGACACUGCCACUAUAUCGAUGUUGA